AUGUGAGUUUUAGCGUUAGACGUUAACUGUUGAAAACUUUGCCUUUAUUUACUUGUAGUCAUUUAUAGUGCAACAUUUACUUCAGCUACCGUUUAACACGGAGGAGGACGCAGUCAGAGACACUAUUUUAGAGGUUAACGAUACCUAUAGAGGUAUCAGCCUCUCACUAUGGCUGACCCAAGGACCCCCCGCACAGGCCGUUCAUCUUCCAGCAUGUCCAAGCGGUCCAUUUCAGGGAAAGGUCGCUCCAAGAGCAAACUCACAUCCUCCACACCGGUCCCUAGUGACUUAUCUACCGAAGUACCAGAGCUUACAGAUGAGAAGACUGAAGAGGAGCCUGUUUCACAGGUGCCCAUUUCAGACACUCAGGAGGAAGUAGAUUCAUACACCAGACGGCUGAAAGAAACAUUUAAAAAGCACUUAGCGCUGAGUGGCAUAUCAAAGGAGUCAUGGACAGAUGAAAUUAAGCGAGCCUUGGAUAAAUUCAUCUCAGAUCCUUCCGUCAGGCUUCUCAUUGUCUACCAUGACCCUUUCACCAGCCCACGCGUGGACUUCACCAUGCCCGCUCAGGUGGUGGAGCAGAUGUCCUACUUCAUUCGAACAGAGGACAGUAUAAUCACGGAGGAGAGUUUUGAAAGCUCGGUGCAAUUCGGUUCUAUGAAGAGAGGGACUACAGAGGGUCUCCUCAGGUUGAUGAUAGGUAUUCACGCCCAUCAGGUCACCCUCAGCAUCACAUGGCCGGAGAUUACCAAGAACAACUACUGUGUAAAUUUGCACCGCUUCGUUACCAACGUUACAGACAGCAGAUUUCAAUUGCUGGGCAGCACAGUGCUAUAUGUUCCUCUGGAGGCCCUGCAGCACUGCCCAGAGGAAGUCAUCAAGAACAAGUAUCUAAUGCAGAGGCUGGAGAUGGUGAUGAUCCACUGGACACGUCAAAUAAGAGAAGUAUUGAACGCUCAAGAGAUGGGCGAGAUGGGAGACAGCUCGGGUCCUCUGGAGGAGAUCUCUUUCUGGAAGAGCCGCUUUGCCGACCUGGCCAGCAUUAGUCAGCAGCUGCAGAAACCAGGAGUCUGUCACAUACAGGAGAUUUUGCGGCUCUACAACUCUUUCUACAUCCCACAAUUCAGUAAACUAGCCAAGCACAUCCAGGAUUGUUCUUUGCAGGCCCAGUCGAACAUCUCUUUCCUGUCCCUGCUGAAAGAGCCGUGCGAGGAGCUGGCUCUACUCAAACCUUGUGAGAUUGCACCUAAACUCGCUCACAUCAUCAAACUCAUCCGUGUGAUAUGGGUCAACUCCAGCUACUACAAUACCCGUGAUAGGAUCACCGCCCUGUUUGGAAAGAUGAGUAAUGAGAUCAUCCGUCUGUGCUGUAGAGAGAUCUCUCUGGACAGGAUCUUCCAGGGUUACGUGAUCUCCAGCAAACAGGUUCUGAAUGAUUGUAUCCAGUGCUGCCUGGUGUGGAAGGAGCUGUACCUGUACACCUCCCAGCUUCACCACAAAUAUUCUUCUCAAGGCUGGUCACUCAACGAGACCAGCAUAUUUGCUCUGGUGGAGGCCUUUGUGCAGAGAUGUAAAGAUCUAACUGAGGUGUGCGAGUGUCAGCAGCAGUUUGCUCGUCGUGAGGAGGCCGAGCAGUUGCAGUUGCCAUGCUUUGCGGGACGUCAGGGGUUGGAGGUCACUCAGAGCCUGUUGAACAUAGAAGCAACCUUUGACAAGAACCUGAAGGCCCUGGGCUCUGUUAAGGACAUCCUGAAUGUCAGAAACACGGCUUGGCAUGAUGGCUACAGCAGAUUCCGUGCGGAGGUGAAAGAUCUGGAGAUGAUGAUGCAGAAUUUGAUCAGCUCUGCCUUUGAGACGGUGAACAGCGUAGAGGAAGGAGUCCAGCUGCUCGAUGUGUUUCAGCACCUGUCUGCACGAGAGGCCAUUAGGAGGACCAUUGACAGAAAGAUGAUGGAUGUAUACACUUUGUUUAGUACCAAGCUAAGUGUGCUGAAUGAAGUGUUGUGUAGGAUAUCAUCUCUCACUCCUGCUCAAAUGCCUCAACACGCAGGACAGGCUCACUGGGCCCGAGCACUCCGCACACAGAUAGAACGACCCAUGGAGGUUCUCCGGCAUGCAUAUUUCCUGCCUGAGGUCAGCAGUGGAGAGGAAGUGCAUGUGGCUUACGCUAAGCUAUGUCAGAAUCUGGAUGAGAAGGUUAGGAAGAUCUUCACAGAAUGGAGUCAGAGUCUCGACAGACAAUGUCUUAGCAGCCUCGACCAGCCACUCAUGAUCCGCUGUCAAAAGAAGGCAGGACUGCUGGACAUCAACUUCAACAAGAACCUGUUGAAGAUGUUUAAUGAGAUUCAUUACUGGGACCAGCUGAUGUUUGAGAUCCCUCACUAUGUCACAGAUGUGUAUCAGCGUAGAGAGGAGCUCCACAACCUGAAAGAGAAUGUCCUGCUAGUGGUCAAAGAAUAUAACAGAAUCAUCACAGCCCUAAAUGCAGAUGAGAUGGGUCUAUUUUCGGAGAAAAUACGGUUCUUGAAUAAGAAAAUCCAGCCAGGCCUGUCAAAGCUGCACUGGUCAACAAAAGGAACUGCCAACGUCUUUAUCAAUGACUGCAGAGUGCAUGCCAACAAGGUGCAGUUAAUGGUGGACGAAUAUAAGGCAGCUAACCUGGCUGUCUGUAAGCUCUGUGCACAGAUCAGUGAGCUGCUGUUGGUUCGUGUGGACGGGAAGACAGUCUACGGAGACCUGGAAUUCCAGGAAGAUCAGCAGAAUCAUCAGCACAGCCAGCUGCUCCGGCUGCAGGCUGCUCACCAGGACAUGGUCAACGUCAUGGCCAGAGUCUACGCGACAUUUCACACAGAUGGUCCAGAGGUGCAACAGCACUGGAUGUCAUACAUGGAAAAGAUGGAUCGUAUGGUAGAGGAUGCGUUUCGAGUGAAUAUAAAGCGCUCUCUUCAGGAGCUCUCUAAAGCCAUCAAUGGAGACGGCAAGAAUUCCCCAGAGCCUUUAUUCAGCGUAGAGGUGGUAUUGAAACAACACACCCCUGGAUCUACUGCUCAGGUGGAUUUUUCUCCCACUCUUCCAAAUGUUGCUCAGAUAGUGAACAGCAUUGACGGUCAGCUCAUCAACACCAUCUCCGGUUUCAAACGUCUUCCGGACCUUCUGACCCGUCAGAACUUGCAGAAGAAGCCCAUGUAUAAGAUUAUAGAGCAAGAUGAAGAGAUCUGUAAGAUCCAGGCAGCCAUAACUGCAGGUAUGGUGACAAAUGCAUCUCACCUGCAGACCUACCUGAAAACCUGGGACAAACACAGAGAGAUCUGGGAAAUUGAAAAAGACAUCUUUAUUCAGCGCUACCAGCGGCUCAACCCUGCAGUGUCAUCGUUUGACUCUGACAUAGCCAGAUACACAGAAGUGGCGAAUAACGUACAGAAGGAAGAGACAGUGUUAAGUUUGCAGUGUGUACUGCUGGACUGUUCCCCACUUAAAUUUUCUCUGUUGCAGCAUUGUAAUGAGUGGCAGAGCAAGUUCACACAGCUGCUCAGCCUUAUGGCCAGUGCCAAACUCAAAGAGCUGCACAGUUUCCUGCAGGAGAACGCACUCAGGGUGUCUCAGCCACCUCAGACUCUAGUGGAGUUGGUAGAGAGUCUAAAGCUGCUGGAAAAUCUGCAAGCAGAUCUGAGUAAGAUUGAAAGUCAAAUUCCACCCAUCCAUGAGCAGUUUGCCAUCCUUGAGAAAUACGAGGUUACCGUCAACCCUGCUGUGUUGGAGUUGCUGGAGGCUCUCAGUGGAGAGUGGGUGUGGUUUCAGCAGGUUGUGAUUGACAGUGACAUCAUGUUGAAGAAACACAAAGACACGAUGAAGAGCGGUUUGAUCCUUUCCUCAGAGGAGUUUAAGAAGAAGACACAGGGAGCCCUACAGAGCUUCGGCACCAGUGGACCGUUUAGCAGCGGGGUGACCCCAGAUUCUGCACUGAAGCAGGUGUCAGAGUUGCGCACCCAGUUGGAAGCUCUUAUGGAAGAGGAGGGAAGCAUACGCCGCGGUCUCACCAUCUUUAAGAUUGAACAGGCGCCCUCCAAAGACAUCCUGGCUCUUGAGAAGGAUCUGGAUUACCUGCAGCAGGUGUGGGAGAUCUCACAGCAGUGGGAGGCUUUGUGGAAUGAGUGGAAGGGGGGCCAGUUGGCGUUUCUACAGACGGAGGUCAUGGAGAACACCGCACAGACCAUGUUCAAGAGACUUCACUCACUGAGCAGAGAGUUGAAGGACAAGCAGUGGGAGGCUGUUGAUUUUACUAAGAGCAGGAUCGAGCAGUUUAAGAAAAUCAUCCCACUGAUUGCAGACCUCAGGAAUCCGGCCGUGAGAGAGAGACACUGGGAUCAAAUACGGCAAGAAGUCCAGCAGUCAUUCGAUCCAAACAGUCCCGACUUCACCCUCGAGAAGAUAGUGUCUUUGGGUUUGGACCACCAUGCUGAACGCGUCAGUGACAUAUCAGGAGCUGCCAGCAAAGAGCUCUCCAUAGAACAGACAGUAGGCUCAGCGAUUCUCAUUGCUCUCUGCUCCUCUCAUAACACAGAAGAUCCUCUGAGACUCAGUAUGUUAAAAAGAGAGGGAGAGUCACUGUCAAGAGGAUUAGGGUCAGAGGUCAUGUUUGAAGGGUCAGAGAUGAUAUCCUCAGAGUGA